AGAGCUCAAUCAAAUAUCGAUUCAAUGGCUGCUUUCUGUUCUUUUAGACGCGGUUUAGCAGGCCUACAAGUGUCUUUAAUCAUCAGCUUCUUGGCUGCUGCCUCAGCAGGUAACUUCUACCAAGACUUUGAUAUCACUUGGGGGGAUGGGCGUGCUAAGAUACUCAACAAUGGGGAGCUUCUUACUCUCUCUCUUGACAAGGCCUCCGGCUCGGGUUUUCAGUCCAAGAAUGAGUAUCUGUUUGGGAAGAUUGCUAUGCAGAUCAAGUUAGUCCCUGGAAACUCUGCUGGCACUGUAACUGCCUAUUACUUGUCUUCAAAAGAGUGGGAGACUCAUGAUGAAAUAGACUUUGAAUUCUUGGGGAACCUCAGUGGUGAUCCUUACAUUCUUCACACCAAUGUGUACAUCCAAGGCCAGGGAAAAAGAGAGAAGCAAUUCUACCUCUGGUUCGACCCAACUGCUGAUUUCCACAACUACUCCAUCCUCUGGAAUCCACAAUGCGUGGUCUUCUGGGUUGAUGGCAUCCCCAUCAGGGAGUUCAAGAACUUGGAGUCAGCUGGUGUUCUCUUCCCAAAGAGCCAGCCCAUGCGGAUAUACUCCAGUUUAUGGAAUGCAGAUGACUGGGCAACAAGAGGAGGCCUUGUCAAAACUAACUGGAGCCAAGCUCCUUUCGUGGCUUCCUAUAGGAGCUUCAAUGCUGAUGCUUGUAUAUUGUAUUCUGGAACAUCUUCUUGCAGUUGGGACUCUCCUCCAUGGCUCUCACAAGUGCUUGAUUCCACAGACCAGCAGAAGAUGAAAUGGGUCGAGGACAACUACAUGAUUUACAACUACUGCACUGAUGCAGAGCGGUUCUCCCAGGGCCUUCCUACAGAAUGCAUGUGCAAAUAAUAAGAAGUAAACUGCAUUUGAAGCCAUGAGAAUCACCUGCCUUUUUCGGGCUGUAACUCGGCUUGUGCUAUCAGUGUUUGUUUGUUGUCUGAUUGUUGCGCUUGCAAU